UCCAUUCAUGCGUGAGAGAGAGAGAGAGAGAGACGUUAAAACCGGUGAGAGCUCGAGCAGACGAUUCAUUUGCAGUUCAUGAAAAGCUUAGACGUUCACCAAGCUCUCCCUCUCUCUCUAGAAUCACUGUGCUUUCUCUCUCUAGAACCUCUCCCGUCCGUCCGGACCUCCGUAGCGACCAGCGCCGGCUCCCCGCACUCUCGAGGAAGAACCCGAGAAUGGAUCCCUGCCCCUUCGUCCGCCUCAUCGUCGAGUCCCUCUCCCUCAAGCUCCCCGUCGACCCCUCCAAGCCCGCCGUCGCCGGCGGCGGGAUCCACCCCUCCGCCACCCCUUGCUUCUGCAAGCUCCGCCUCAAGAACUUCCCCGCCCAGACCGCCCUCCUCCCGCUCUCCUCCUCCAAAUCCGCCGCCGACGCCCCGCCCGACACCGCCACCUCCGCCCCCGGCUUCCACCUCGACCCCGCCGACCUCCGCCGGCUCGCCGGCAAGCCCUUCACCCUCCGGGUCUCCGUCUACUCCGGCCGGAUGGGGGGCCGCACCUGCGGGGUCAGCAGCGGGAAGAAGCUGCUCGGGCGGGUCCAGGUCAGUGUCGGCCUCGACGGGGCCCAGGCCCGGCCUGUCGUCUUCCAGAGCGGGUGGCUGAAGCUGGGGCCCGCGCCGGGGAAGGCCGCGCCCGCGCGGCUCCACCUGGUGGUCCGCUCCGAGCCCGACCCGAGGUUCCUGUUCCAGUUCGGCGGCGAGCCGGAGCUCAGCCCGGUCGUGUACCAAAUCCAGGGGAGCAACAUCCGGCAGCCGGUGUUCAGCUGCAAGUUCAGCGCCGACCGGAAUUGCAGAUCCCGAUCAUUGGCGUCGGAUUUCCCCAGCAGCCGAGGAUGGAUGAGGACUCUGUCCGGGGAGCGAGAACGGCAUAGCCGGGAGCGGAAGGGGUGGAUGGUCACGAUCCACGACCUGUCCGGCUCGCCCGUGGCGGCCGCCUCGAUGGUGACCCCCUUCGUGCCCUCCCCGGGGUCCGACCGGGUCUCCAGGUCGAACCCCGGCGCGUGGCUCAUCCUCCGCCCCAACGGCUACUCGGUCAGCAGCUGGAAGCCCUGGGGCCGGCUCGAGGCGUGGCGGGAGCGCGGCCCGACCGACGGGCUGGGGUACAAGUUCGAGCUGGUCACGGAGGGCGGGCCCACGAGGGGGAUCCCCAUAGCCGAGGCGACGUUGAGCGUCAAGAGAGGGGGGCAGUUCAGCAUCGACGUCGGGUCGAGCCUGAAGUCGCCCGUGAAGGGCUUCGUGAUGGCGUCCACGGUGGAGGCGGAGGGGAAGACGAGCAAGCCGGCGGUGCAGGUGGGCAUGCAGCACGUGACCUGCAUGCCGGACGCCGCCCUCUUCAUCGCGCUCUCCGCCGCCAUCGACCUCAGCAUGGACGCCUGCCAGCUCUUCUCGCAUAAGCUGAGGAAAGAACUGUGCCACGACGAUCAAGAUUGCUACUCCUGAGAAACCAUACAUCCCGAGUUCGAAACACAUGCCCUGCUAACUGUUUUCCGCAGUGAUGACUGAUCAGUACUUGCUCAGCCCGGAGACCAAACAAAAAAAAAGGCUGCCGAUUUGAGCGGAAAAAGACAUGGUUGCGCACUCCACAAAAUUUUUUUCUUGCCCGCGAUCGCGAUUUGCUUCUUGGAUUGGAUUUUGAUGAUUUUGGUACUUGUAGAGUUGGGGAGUUUGAUAUUGGUGUUGUCAUUACCAACACUUCUCGGAGAGAAAUUCUCUUUGUUGAACACAUUUUUUCUUUCUUCUUUUUGUAUAAUUUACUUAUCGAAAUUGUACAGACAGGGAGAUCUGGGGUUUGCUACAGUUGUUUGUUCAUAAGAAUAUAUUAACUGAUUCUUUGA